AUGACGCAGACGCAGUCAGCAGCCGUGACAAAAUGCGAGGAGGAAAUGGCAACACUCCCAACCCAUGACCAGACCGAUGACAGCGCAACACCUAGAGUCCAAAUGACCAUGGUGGAGAGGAACCCGACAUCUGAUUUGCGAUCCUGCUCUUGCGAAAGUCCUUGCUCCUCGACGGAGACCAAUUCAACAGCAGCCGGCCCAACGACCUGUAAACUAUAUUCAAAACUCCCGCUUUCACAACACAUUCGCGAUGCUGGCCGGCCCAAACAGACAGCAUUCUCCAUCCGCCUCAUCAAGCUGAAGCCGGGUGUCGGCGGUGACGAUCUUGAGUGCGACCUCUUCUAUGUACCGUCACUCAAGAGCGUCCGCUUUGUGGCGCUCUCGUACUGCUGGGGAGACAAAAGUGACAUUACUCGAAUUAGUGUGAACGGGCGCAUGGUCAGAAUCACAAAGAGUCUUUACAAGGCACUAUUUCACCUGCGCCAUGCAUCAGUCGAGAUCAUCCUGUGGGCUGAUGCAAUUUGCAUUGAUCAAGGAAAUGAAUCCGAGAAGAGCUGGCAAGUCGAGCACAUGCCUCAAAUCUAUACUGCUGCUGCAGAGGUCAUUGCUUGGAUCGGUGAGGGUGCAAGUGGGAGCGAGCAAGCCAUGGAUUACAUAAAUCGCUAUGUCGGAGCCACGAGCGAGGCCCCGUGCCAGCAUCAGGAUGCUACUCCCCAUACGCAACUCAAGUCUCUAUACUCCAGAGAGUACUGGAAUCGCGUCUGGGUUAUACAGGAAAUUGCGGCCGCCCACCGGGUCAAUGGCAAAUGCGUCAUCAGAUGCGGCCAUAAAUCGGUUGCCUUUGCCGAUUUCCAGAGUUUCUUGACUAGGUUUUUUGCUGAGCAAAUCUACACAAAGGACGACAGCAUAAUGAGACCCAAGCAUCUUGUGGCCCUCAGUACCGCGUACGAGGGAAAAUCAUUCUUGCAAAUACUGUUUGACUCGGCUUCCUUCCAGUCCACAGACCCACGGGACAGAAUCUACGGAAUCAGGGGCAUAUUACCUGAAUUUUAUCGCAAUAGAAUCAAGGUGGAUUACCGAAUUGGAUUUCAGAAAUUGUGUCAAACCGUCAUAUCCACAUAUAUCAAACACGAAAAGAACCUCGGUAUCCUGUGCCAGUUCAAGAGAUUCUCACCAAAUGACCGCUACCCAUCUUGGGUGCGGGAUUUGAGGUGCGUAAUCGGAGGCAUAUCACCGUCCAUCUACUCAGCCUCGGCUGGCAGCGAGCCAAGAGCAUUUACUGAUGAUACUACUCUCCAUACAGAUGGAAGAUGUAUUGGAAGGCCAGGCCGUCUGAAAGGUCCUGUUGAUUUUCCAUUGCAACCGACGUUGGGACAGUCAUGGCCAGAAACGUCAAAUCUGUGGAAAAUCAGAACCUUCAUCACAAGAGCAUUGAGGAAACGUUAUCCGGGAAUAACACCCGAGGCCCUCGAGUCCCGCUCCAUGAACAUAGUCUCAGGAGAUAGGUGGCGAGGUGCCACCGCAGAGGAUACACGAGUCCCUCUCGAUGCUCGCGAAAUUUGGAAUUUCAUCAGCCAUCUUGAUACAUCCUCAGUUGUAGACGAAAAAGUGCUAUUGAUGUAUAAGCAUUUUAAUGUCAUCUUCAGCUCACUGAUCAACCGAACCUUGUUUACUACGAUCGGGGGGAGCAUCGGCGUCGGUCCCCCAGAUAUGAAGUACGGAGACAUGAUUUGCGUGCUCCACGGUUGCAGCUAUUGUGUUGUCCUACGAAAGGUCAAGAUACGGCACUACACCUUCGUAGGUCCAGCCUAUGUCGAAGGCGCCAUGAGUGGCGAGUACAUUCGCCAGGCCUUUGAUGAUGAAGGAAACCGAAUGGCUGAUGAGCGCUUUCACAUUCGUUGA